UUCAUUAAGUUCGUAGCCUCGGAAGCUCCGACCAAGACCAAGAUCCAGUAUUGUUUACAUGAUCAGCUGAGAGAAGAGAGUAGCAGCAUCUUCACCGCCUCUCUCUACGGCUGAUGCUUCUUUCCCAUUAUAAUUCAGCAAGAUGAAUAUAUUGCCAAAGAAAAGAUGGCACGUCCGCACCAAGGAGAACAUUGCUCGGGUGCGGCGAGAUGAAGCCCAGGCAGCUGAGGAGGAAAAGCAGCGAGAACUUCGUGCAAAAUUAGCGGAGCAGGAAGCUCGUACUGCUUUGCUGAGGACCCAGGCCCGACAGAAAUAUGGUGGAGAUGGAGGACUUGAUGCAACUGAACCCAAGGCACUAUCAACUCGCCCUGCCACCAACACCACCAAGGCACAAGUUGCUGAUAUUUACACUGCAGAAGGAAACAUCAACUUCUUCAAAGACUUGGAAGAGGGGAAGCAAACACAGGGGAAGAAUGAGGAAUAUGAGAAAGAGAAGAAGGAAGAGCAGGAGAAGUAUGAGAAGAAAAUUGGCUAUUUGACAUAUUUAGGCCAGGACUCCAAUGAGGCUCAAGGGAAGAAGGCCUGGUAUGAGGAAGCUGCAGGAAGGACAACAUACAGAGGUGAGGAGGAGGAGGGAGAGAUGAAAGAGGUGGGACUGAAGAGUAAAGACAAGCUGGACCCCAUCCAUGACAUCAUCAAAUAUGGAGGGAUAAAGCCAGUCAAGAAAGUCCCAGGAAUGCCAAAGCCAAAAGGAGCAAAUGAAGAUGUCCAGGCACUGCAAAAACAGAAACUAGAAAGUAAAAAACAAGAACAGCAAGAUAAAAAUGCUGUAGACAAAAAGAGGAAAUACAAGCAUAAGGAGAGUAAAAAGAAGAAGAAAAAGAAGUCAAAAAAGAGAAAAAGAAGUGAUGAUGAAGAUGAUGAUAAAGAGAAGGGAGACAGACACAGACAGAGAGACCACAAGAGGCGAAGGGAUGAUAGUAGUGAUGAAGACAACACCUCAAGGAAGAGGAGAAAAUCAAAUAGUCACAAAAGCAAAUCUAGAGAAAGAGAACGAAAAAGGAGAAGACAUCACAGCAGCACCACCACCACCUCAAGCACCAGUGCAUAUGAAAGUAGUGAAGAUGAAGAAGCCAUACAAGAAAAAAAAAGGAAACUGGACAUUUUACGAGCAGAGAGACUGAAGCGAGAAGCUGAAGAGAGGAAAAGAGCAAAUAGACUCCUAGCUGGAAAGAAGCCUGAUGAAAGUGAUGAACCUCCAAAACAGCCCACCAUUCAGCAGAAGUACAACAGCCAGUUCAACCCUCACAUUGCACGACAGAACCAGGAGCAGCAGCCAGCAUUGGAAGUGGGUGUGAAGUAUUGGCUUCAGUGACCCAUGAGUUUGUGGUUCAGUUUGUGAUGGGCACAUGUUCCAGGUAGUUGUUGCAAUAUCAUUUGUGUGCAUAAUAGAAGAUUUUGUUGCAUAUUUUAACACAUGUUUUUACUUAAUGGUGCUUUCUAUUUUUAUUUAUGAUCUUUCUAGCUUUGAAAAUAUUUCAUCAUACUUAGUAUCAGGUUGCUUACACAUUUCCAACUUUUAUAGUUGUAGUAUCAGAUAAGCAUUUGAUUAAAGCUUACACAUUAUGCAUUAAAAAGUCUGUAUGAGAAAAGUUGCCUCAAUAAAUGUAUUUUUAUGAUACAUACAGAAUCUUCAUUUAAGAUUUUAUUCCAUCUUGAACAUUAUGACAGCCAAAGUACAACAGUAGCAACAGAUGGAAUUUAUAUCACAGGGAGUAUAUGCUGAGAUUCAAUAGCCAACAAUCCACUGAAAAACUUUUUUAAUAAUUUCUGGAUAAAUACUCUCACUGCUUCCAUCAGAGGUAAAGAGGCUCACUAUCACAAUUGCAGCAGUAACAUGUUCCUUCCUUGUUUCUCGGUCCCUCAACUAUGUUCCAUGUGGUGCACAGCCUACACAAGCAGCGGCAAGCUCCACUGUGAAGCAAAGGAAGGAGAGAGUGCUGCCUGCAGCCAGCACAUAGAAGGCACUCUGCAUCUGAGAGACAAUGUGAGGGAGACUAUGUUGUAUUUGAGAAGAAAUGAGGAGUAUUUAAUCUGAUAUAUAUGAAAGAAUAUUUUGUAUGCUAGAGAAAAUCUAAAUAUAAUAAUAUGAUGACCAAAAAGAAAUAUCUCAUAGAAAAAAUGUGCCAUGUUAUGUACUAUUUUCAGACCAGUAAUGAUAAAGUACUGUAAAGAACUUCAUAAAUCACACAUCCUAAUAAUGUGCAACUUCAGGAUUUUUUUGACACGAAAGAAAUUAUCACCACACCUGCGUGAGGGAGAGAGAGAGAGGAUCACGCUGGCCUGUCUCUUGAUUGCAGGGGGAGCUGAAGUAGUUUGACUUGAUCUUGUCAAUGAGGCCAAAGGAGCGAAGUUGACGCAAACUAAAAUAGACCAAAAAUUUCAUUAACACCAUGAAAAAAUACAAGCAAGAUAAGAACAGAAAAGAAAGUGGAAAUGUUGCAUGAGUAAGGACAUAAUGAAGGACAAAAGAAUACAAAAUAGGCUUCUGAAUUGCCUUCCAAAGCCUUUAUUUAUCACAGUUACUCACGCCUGGUCAAUGUGGUGCUUGUAGACAGAGUUCUGUGGAUGGAUCAUGAGGUCAAGGUCAGUCUUCAUCAGGUUUCUGGAGGUAUAAAAGCGACACUUCUUCCCCCGAGCCUCAAAGUUGGCAGCCCGACCCACACCUGAUGAGUAAGUGUCUGGGGGCACCAUCAAACAGGUGAAUGAGCAGGAAAAGAAUGAAAAAUAUAUGAACAUGAUUGCAAACAAUGAAAAUAAUAAAAGGAUGAAUUCUGAUUGUCUGUACCUAUGAGGGCAUACUCCCCAGCCUCCACAUGGCGGAAGAAGUUCCACGUAUUGAGGAAGGAGUCUUGGUAAAAUUUGAAGUUGUCAGCAAUGGGACGGUAACUCUCAAAAUUCUGAAAAUAUUGUUGUUUCUCAUACCACACAGUAAAAUCCUGGGAAUAUAAAGCUUUUUAUACCACACUCCAGAAAUUGUGGGAAUAGUACAGCUUCUAACACCACACACUCUAAAAACUACAGAAAUAAAACCACACACUCAAACCACACACUCCAAAAACUAUGGGAAUAUUAGUUUCUCAUACCAAACACUAAAAACUACAGAAAUAUUACAGUUUCUCACACCACAAUUCUAAAA